CAUGCAUUCACCCAAGCCAAACAAAGCACAAUAGACACAACUACAACAACAUGUUUCCAAGAGCCAUCCCUCUGAUCCUUCUCAUCCUCUGCAUCAUCUCCUCCUUCACAGAAAGUCGUGUGCACAACGAGACUAUUAACAAAAUCAACCGUGAUGAUGCGUGCGUGUACACACUGUACGUCCAAACGGGACAGAAGGUGGCAGCAGGCACAGACUCAAAUAUUAACCUGACACUCAGCGGAGAUCAUGGCCAUGGAGUCGCCAUCCACAACCUGAAAGCUUGGGGUGGCCUCAUGGGUUCCAAACAUGACUACUUCGAGGCUGGCAAUCUGGACAUUUUCAGUGGCCGUGCACCUUGCCUUCCCGCAACUCCCUGCAAGAUUAGACUUACCACCGAUGGCACCGGCAGCUUCCCCGCCUGGUACUGUGACUAUGUUGAGGUUACUACUACUCGCCCUGGAAGCCUUUGUGCCAAAACAAACUUCUCCGUCGGGCAGUGGCUCAACAUCUUUACGCUCUAUACUGCCAACGUUGACUACUGUUCUAAGACGGAGGAUGGUAAUCGCUUGCCGGCGGCACCACUCCUGCUUCCGGCAUGAGUGUGCCUGUUGUUUAACUACCACUUUGGUUGGCCACAUUGCAUGUGCUGUACUAAGUAUAAGUAAUUGUCAUGUACUCUUGUUUUUGUUCGCGUGGACUGUACUUUUGUUUGUGAUGUACUACUACUCUCUUGUAUGAGCGAGAGAUUGAUGUGCUUUCUUCAUAUUCUCGAAUAAAUGUGGCUUAUCUAUUUUAUUAAAA